CAAAAGCUGCUACAGAGCAGCUGCAGCUGAUCAGAAUUUCCUCUGCAGCUGAUCAGAGUUUCUUUUUUCCCAUCUUUCCCCAGGUUUCUGUGUCCUCAGAGAAGGCUGUACUGGUGUGUGGAACUGCUUUAGAAGGUGGAACAGAAGAUAGAAGAGAACCUGUUGUCACAUGCAGAAGGCCAAAGCACCCACCAUCUUUGCAUCAUGAAGGAAGCUGAAAACAUAAAGAGGUGACAAGCUGAAGGUGUCUUGGCUCAGAACAUCUGGAUUCUUCAAAGUCAGCUCUUUUCAGGUUUCUGACUGAAGGGCCUGGGAGCUCCCUCCACUGGUGCUGUGGGAAGCUUUAGCCAAGCCAAUGCACCCUGACAACAAACUGCCCAGCCAUGGCAAGGCAGGCAGCAGCGGUGCCCUGGCCCAGCACCACAAUGUGAGCCAAGCACCCACGUGUAACCUGGGCUCGAAGGGUGUGGGGGCAGGCAGCCAUGGCAGUAAGGCCACUCAGAUCUCCCCUGGCAACUCUGGACUGAAAAACAGCCAGAACACUGUCCCAAACUUCAGCUCCUUGAAGGGCAAGGUGAAACGGGAGCGAAGCAUCUCAGUGGACUCUGGAGAACAGCGAGAAGUCAGCACCCCAUCACAGGACACAGAAUCAAAAGGUGAGGUGGCUCCCCGUAGCAAGCGACGGUGCGUGCUGGAAAGGAAACAGCCAUACAGCGGCGAUGAGUGGUGCUCUGGGCCAGACAGCGAGGAAGACGACAAGCCCAUCAGCAAUGCACACAGCUGUAAUGUAGCAGAUCCUGCGAUGUCCACGGCCCCACAGCUUGGCCCAGGGUCCAACCCGCUGCCGAACCUGAGCGAGAGCAGCGCUUCCGGCGUGCCCCAUGGUGCUGCCCCCGGCUUGCGGUCAGAGGCUGUGGGAGGCGGAGGCAGCGGAGCAGGGAAGCAGCCGUCACAGUUCGUUUACGUCUUUACAACGCACCUUGCUAACACAGCUGCAGAAGCUGUCCUGCAGGGCCGAGCUGACUCCAUUCUGGUCUACCAUCAGCAGAAUGUCCCGCGGGCAAAGCUAGACCAGGCACCUGCUCCUAAAGUGCUGGGGGUUGCUGAGCCACUUCCGAUUAACCCUCCUGCUGCCAACACUCCACAGUCCCAGCCGCCAGCCCCUCAAGCAAGUCAGCCACAGCCGCAGCCUCCCCCACCGCAACCUCCACCCCCCACACCUCAGACCAUCAGUCAAACACCUUUGCCUGCGCCUCAGGAAGGGACAAGUGAAGAUGUCCGGAGAGAUCUGACUCCCAGCUCUUUGGGGAACAACAGCAGCAGCAACCAGCCUGGAAACAACCACCCAAAUACACCCACCGCAUCUGCCAGUGCCAUGCAGCCUGGGCAAGUGGACUCCUCUGCCGCCUCCAGCUCUAGCCUUCUCGGAGAGGGUCCGGGUCCAGGGAUGCCAGGGCAGGCAGGCCUGGGCCCCAGGAACGCCAUGAACUCGGAAGGGCUCUCAAAGGAGCAGCUGGAGCACCGAGAGCGCUCUCUGCAGACCUUGCGGGACAUUGAGCGUUUGCUGCUGCGCAGUGGGGAGGCCGAGCCCUUCCUCAAGUCCAGCCAAAAUGUGGGUGAGGGUGGCACUGCCCCUCAGCCGCAGGCUACCCCUACCCAGCCCCCUGCACCCUCUGCCAGCAUGAAGAAGUAUGAAGAACCUCUGCAGUCCAUGAUAUCCCAGACUCAGAGCCUUGGUGGGCCCAGCCUAGAACACGAGGUGCCACACCACCCUGGAGCUGACAUGGGGCAGCAGAUGAACAUGAUGAUGCAGCGGCUGAACCAGGACAGCCUGACACCGGAGCAAGUGGCCUGGAGGAAGCUGCAGGAAGAGUACUAUGAGGAAAAGCGACGGAAAGAGGAGCAGAUCAGCAUCCACGGCCGGCCCAUGCAGGAGAUCAUGAUCCCGCAGUCGAUGGGGAGCAUGAUGAUGCGUGGGCCCCCACCACCCUACCAUAGCAAGCCUGGGGAGCCGUGGCCGCCGGGGAUGGGCAGCCAGCUGCGGGGACCCAUAGAUGUGCAGGACCCUAUGCAGCUGCGGGGAGGGCCACCCUUUCCUGGGCCACGGUUUCCUGGGAAUCAAAUGCAGAGAGUCUCUGGCUUUGGAGGGAUGCAGAACAUGCCCUUGGAUGCUCUUGGGCCCAUGAAUGCCAUGCAGAGACCAGUCAGGCCUGGCAUGGGAUGGAGCGAUGAUAUGUCUCCUAUGGGAGGCCCUGGGAACUUUCCGCAGGGCACCCUCCCCUACCCAUCAGGGCAAGGGGACCCAGAAAGGUUUAUGAAUCCCCGUGCCAGGGAGGAGAUUCUACGGCAUCAGCUCAUGGAAAAACGCCCAGUGGCAAUGCAGAGGCCCAUGGGAAUAUCCGGCAACUCCAUGAGCCAGAGCAUGGAAAUGGAGAGGAUGAUGCAGGCUCACAGGCAGAUGGAUCCAUCCAUGUUUGCUGGCCAGAUAACGGGGGAGAGCCUGAGCAGUGCCCCAAUGGGAAUGGAUUUUGCAGGCACUCGGGGGAUGCUGAGCCCCCCUAUGAGUCAGUCAGGCCUUCGGGACAUGGAUGCACCCGUGGGCCCUGGCAACCUCAACAUGAACAUGAAUGUCAACAUGAACAUGAACAUGAACCUCAAUGUCCAGAUGACCCCACAGCAGCAGAUGAUGAUGUCGCAGAAGAUGAGGGGCCCCGAGAUGAUGGCCCACCAGGGCAUGAGCCCUGAGGAGCUGGCCAGGGCAAGGGCUCAGAAUGGCAGUGGUAGUGCAAUGCUAACAGGGCCCCAGAAAAUGAUGAUUCCCUCCCAGUUCCCCAACCAAGGGCAGCAAGGCUUCUCAAGCGGGCAAGGACCUUAUCCCAGCAUGCCCCAGGAGAUGGGCAGUGGCUCGGACAUAUUCAACCCUGAGCAGGGCACCAUGCCCGUUGGGAGCAUCAGUGGCACCACCAGGCUCAGCCACAUCCCUCUGCCUCCAGCUUCCAAUCCCACUCCCACACCAGGGGGAAACCUAGCCAACAUGCACCCAGCACCUUCCCGAGGGCUUGGCCGCCGGCCCUCUGACCUCACCAUCAACAUCAGCCAGAUGAAUUCCCCCAGCAUGGGCCACCUCAAGUCUCCCACCCUUAGCCAGGUGCACUCGCCGUUGGUCACCUCCCCGUCUGCCAACCUCAAGUCCCCACAGACACCCUCACAGAUGGUCAGCAUGCCACCUUCAAACCAGUCAGGGCCCCUCAAGUCCCCCCAGGUGAUGAGCUCCUCUCUCAAUGUGCGGUCUCCAACCGGCUCACCAAGCCGCCUGAAGUCCCCUUCUAUGGCUGUUCCUUCCCCUGGUUGGGUGCCAUCUCCCAAAGCCACCAUGCCCAGCCCAGGAGUCAACCAGAGCAAGCAGACUCUCAGCAUGAACUCAUCUGCCUCCAUGGGAGCACUGGAUCAGGGUUCUCUCCCUUCUGGGCCUCGGAGCAGCUCUUCCGCGCCAGCCAGUAACACCUCUAGCACCAUAAAUCCCAACAUGCCUUUUACUUCCUCUCCAGAUCCAUCCCCCUCUCAGAACCCACUCUCACUGAUGAUGUCCCAGAUGUCCAAGUAUGCCAUGCCCAGCUCCACACCACUUUACCACAAUGCCAUCAAAACCAUCGCCACCUCCGACGACGAGCUGCUGCCGGACAGGCCUAUGCUCCCUCCUGGAAGUAUGUCAGGUGUGACAGGGAAUCAGCCAAAUCAACUGCACUUGAACUCUGUGGCACCUGGAUCCUCUCAGAGCCCCAUGGGAAUGAACCUGCCUGGUCAGCAGCCCCUCUCCCACGAACCGCCCCCCACCUCCAUGAUGUCCUCCCCAAACCCUCUGGGCUCCAACAUUCCUAUGCACCCAAGUGGGCCAGGGGCAGGCGUGCCCCCCCAGAACCCCAUGAUGAUGCCCCCGGGUCCCCAGGACUCGUUGAACCAGCAGUGUGGCCCUGUGCCCAACAGUUCACAGAUGAUUCCUUCUAACCAGCUCGUGUUCCCCCGCAUGCAGCAGCCCCACAACGCCAUGCCAUCUCCUGCUGGAGGCAUGCCCAUAGCCCCCGGUGCGGGAGGUGGCCCUGGGAUGCAGCAGCAUUACCCACCAGGGAUGCCCUUGCCGCCUGAGGACCUUCCCUCCCAGCAGCCUGGCCAGAUGCCCCCUCAGCAGCACAUGAUGGGCAAGAACAUCCCUCCUCGGAUUGGCGAGCCCUACCCACCCGUGCUUCCCGGGGUGGCAUCGGUGCUGAACGACCCCGAGCUCAGCGAGGUCAUCCGCCCCACACCCACAGGGAUCCCUGAAUUUGAUCUGUCCAGGAUCAUCCCAUCAGAGAAGCCAAGCAGCACCUUGCAGUAUUUCCCCAAGAGUGACAGCCAGGCGCCGAAAUCUCAGCCUUCCAACCUUCACCUCAUGAACCUGCAGAACAUGAUGGCUGAGCAGCCCCCGGUGCGGCCAGGUAUGAAUGCCCCCAGCCUCCCCGGGCAGCAGGGCGUGCAGAGGGGACUCAGCAUGCCCAUGUGCCAUCCUGGACAAAUGCCCAUGCUGGGCAGGACAGGUAUACCACCCCAGCAAGGCAUGAUGGGCAACAGCAUGCACCAGGGCAUGAUGUCUCCACAGCAGAGCCUGAUGGCCCAGCAGAAUUUCAUGCUGAUGCAGGCCAAGCAGAGGAGCAUGUCUGUGUCAGGGGAGAUGUAUGCCCAGACAGGACAUAUGAUGUCACCUCAGGGCUCUCUCAUGGGGCCCCCGCCUCAGCAGAACCUCAUGGUCACGCACCAGAUGAGGCAGAGGAGUGUCUCCCUGGACAGCCAGAUGAGUUACAUCCCCGGGCCUGGGAACAUGGCGAACUUGCCUUUCUAACCCCGGCUGGCUCUCAGGGCUGGGGAGGGGACUGGGCUGCCUCUACAAACAUUUUUAAACCUUUCUGCAGGGGAGGGUUGGGGGCCAAUGUCAGUGGAGGACACCACGUGGGAUGCUUUUCAUAUUGGAUUCGCCUCUACACAGAAAACCAUAUGUGCAGUAAACUUGAUGUGAAUUGGGUUUCUUUUUCCUUUCUUUUUUGGGGAAGGGGAGGGUGGAGGGGCUGGGAGUGGGGCUGUUACUUUGAACCCUGAGUGGAGACUAGGGUCAUCCAGACCCUGUGUCAGUUUGUAAAGUUUUCACUUACGGUUUUCCUCUGUCAAGUGUUUUUCUUUCUCUUUUUUUUCUCUUUUUCUUUUUUUCUUUUUUUUUUUUUUUCUUUUUUUCCUUCCUUUUUAAGCAACCAAAAUGUGCAAGAGGGUUUUUGGAACUAGCUGUAAAUAGGUCGCUGGGAAAGGCGAAACUUGUGCUGGUUUUUAAUUGUUCUGUAUUUCUGUGUUUUAAUAGAAGCCUCAAAACAUGUUUGAAAAAACAGAAACAGAAAAACAUGCUAAAGGCAACAGUGUACAAGGAUUGAAGACUCUCCUUGAGGGGGGGAGGGAGGAGGAUCCCCAGGGUGCACAAGAUGUUGAGAGAUCCCAUUGUAGAGUGACUCUGUGUCAGACCUGUGUUGUUCAUGCAUCUGGAUGGUUUGCAUGUGCGAGGGGGGCGGGGGAUGUAGUGUCAUGCAGAUCUCAGGCCCCUGUGGAUGCUCUGCUGAGUACACAAACACAACCACCACCAAGAGCUGUGGCCCUGGUGAAACGCUGCUGGUGCUCAUCUGGCAGGACAGAGUCCACAGCUUCAUGGGAUGCAGCUGUUGCUGCUCUGUGGAGAAGCUGCUGUGGCAGCUGGGGAUGCUGGGGAGCAUUCUCCCUUCAGCUGGAGAAGUGGUGAGGAUUGGGCUUCGCAGAUGAUAACAUGCUGGACCCGAAGGUCUUGACCAACCCUGUCACCUCUACUCCCUUCUCUUCCCUUCCUACUGUGUCCCCUGGUGGCAGGUGUUACGGUGUGUAGGGACCGAUGGGUUCCGAGGUGAGUGAGGUGAUGCAUUUCGGUGCUUCCAGGAGAGGCUAGCUAGGAACCCUGCUCUUCUGCAGCCUUCCUACACCAGUCCAUGACCCAUACAUCACCGUCUGACAUUGUCCUGCGCCCCCUCUCCUGUUGAAUGCUCUCCCAGGUCUUCCUCAUGCUUGUCGGUCCUUCUCCUCCAGAGUUUUGCAGGCAGUCUUUGUUCCAUCUCGCCCUGAGCUACUGGCAGCAGCCCUGCCCUGUGACACAGGAGAGGUCCAGCUGUUGAAGAGGACCUGUCCCUGCGUGCAAUACUCCACCUUAGUGUAAGUCUUGUUUGGUGUCAGUGGUGUGGCCAUUCUGUGUUUCAGACAGAAGAGGCUGAAGCUGCAUUGCAAUCCCUCAUUCCCAAGCUGGCAGAAGUGUGCCAUUUGGACAACUCUGGCUUUUCUGGAUGUGCUCCAUCCUCCUCAUCCUGCACUCCAUAAGGUCUUCCUGCACGCGGUCCUGAUGGUCUGUCCUGUGUUUGUUCACGGAGGGGAAUGUGGGGUGAUGUGCACACACUUCUGCACUCAUGGCAGUGUCUCUGGACCUCUGCAGGGACCCCAUUCCAGCAUCCAGCGGUGAACUUGGGGCACACAGCUGCUGGGGGAACACUGCUUGGAGGAUUAUCUCUGCAGAGCCAGACUUAGCACACUCUCUUAUAACAGAGCUCACCUUUCCCAGCUUGGUACUGCAGGGAGGAGAGGGCUUUGGAAAGGGAGAUUGUCAAGUAGCGGGUGAACAGCAACACUUUUCACCAUCUUGCAAGCUGUUUGGACAGGCUGGCGGGUGCUGAAACGUCAGCCCAGCAGCUCUCUCGAUCCAGUCUGUGAGAAGAUGGAGUCACAGAGUCCAGUUAGGAAUACCUCGAAGCUUUGGGGCAUUGUGUAGCGAGCAGUACUGGGUAAGAAGCAUGGGUCUGGAUUUGAGGAAGAAUCUUGCUUUGGUCUCCUGCUUUGUAGGGGUUUGUUGUGUAUGAUGUGAGCAAGUAGCAGUUUUUGAGGUGAUGAAACAGGCAGCGGUCAUCCCUGCCUUUGCAGUUGGAGCAGAGGAAUAAUCUUCAGCUCAGGCUUUGGACCUGACCAUGUUAGCUAGUUGGAUUCUCCAUCCUUUCAGUGUGUUCACAUGGGAGGAUGUGGCUCAAACAGAUGUAGCUCUUUCUAAGCUUGACUUGCCUGAAAGGCUGUGGCUUCUCUUGGCUGCACUUUAGGGUGUUGGCUGCUGGUAGUUUCUCGUAAACAUCCAAAUACCAAUUACAGCCUCAAACCUUGCUCAUUACCCACCAGCUAGUCUUGGCUAAUUUGAAGCCCUAACAUUUUCUAUAUGGAGGUUUUUUGUUUGUCUGUAGACAGCCGUUGUUUUAGCCCGGUUGAGAUCUCCACGUGUUCGUACCUUCCCUGUUGUCCUUUUUGCCCAGCCUGACACAGAAGUUGCUUGGGGCUUGCAGUCCUGUCUUUGUGGGCAGCGUGUUGUCCCUGCUCAGCUGGAGCCCCCAGGCUGCAGGGCUGUGCAGGACUCAGGAGGCUGGUGCUGGCUGCUCGUGGGGACGGGGCAGUGCAGUGCUAUUUCUGCCUGGCAACAGAAGGAACACCUGUCCUUCAGUGACAAAUAAGAAGCAAAGCCUUUUGACUCAGCAGCCCUGGAUACAAAAGGGAAAUCCCAAUACUAGGUCAGAGCUGAGGAUUCUAGAGCAGCAGUCGAUGCUCUUCUGCAAAAUUGCACUGCCCUAGAGCCAGCCCUAUCCCUACCACUGAGAGGGCUGAACAACGGGGAGAAGUGCUGUCUAACACCCUUCUGCCCUGGGCACCACUCCCAACCAUGUCUGUGAACAGCAGUGUGGCAGGAGUUCCUCUGGAGGCUCAGCGACAGCCAGUCUGUGUUAGACCUGGGCAAGGUUUGCCAUCAGCUGGUUGCCUGCUGCCGUGACCUGUGUCUAGUCUUGUGUCUUGUAGUUUAUUGCUCGGCUUCUCAGCUUGAGUUCUGUGUACUGACUCCACCUAAUCACAGUAGGUUUGCCCAUCUUUUAGCCAUGACUUCGCCAUGUUUUUCCGGCUCCAAAAAAGCAUAUGCUGGGAAACCGCAUCUUUCAGUACGUCGGAUAAUCACGCACCCGGAAUUAGCUUUCACGUUGAGGUAAAGGUGACUGACCUGUUCUCUGUCAUCCCAUGGAGAAAUUCCCCAGUCAUUUUGUACCAUUAUAUAAAUAUAUAUAUAUAAAUAUAAAUAUAUAAAUACAAUAUGUGAAGACAUCUUAUUGGUUUUUAUUUGAAACAAUUUUUAGGCUUGUUUUUGGGUAUCUGUGCUGCCUGUAAUGUAUUGACCUGUUUUAUAGGUGCCUUUUUAU